AUGAGCGUUAAGGCCGCUGCUGACGCCGACCAACGGACGAUGCGCGCUGACGUGGACAGCCAUAGGGACCGCGUGUACUCGCUGGAAGUUCUCAAGGAUGGAGUCUCAGCUGGCAGCAUACCAUUGGACAAGAAGCGGUCGCUGUUUGGCCGGCAAACCACCACGUGUGACUAUGUGCUGGAGCAUCCCUCUCUCUCCCGCCAGCACGCUGCAGUGGUCCACCGGAAGAACGGCAGCGUCUUUGUCAUUGACCUGGGCUCGGUCCACGGCACUUAUGUCUCUAACGAGCGGCUCUUAAAGGACAUUCCUGUUGAGAUAGAGCCUGGCCAAUCCCUGCGCUUUGCUGCCUCCACACGCACGUACGUGCUGCGUAAGGCAAUCCCGCAGCCCCCACCGCCAUCACCAUGGCCUCCUGCCGCAGCAGCUACAGAUCUUGCCAGUUCAGAAGAAGCGCCUUUCGCUGCUACAGCUGCUGUUACAGCCUGGCCAGGAGCGAGAGAACAUCACCAGGAGCAGCAGCAGUUGCCACCUCCCCCGGAUAAGGACGACCCUGAGGCAGUUGCACAGUACAACAUGGUGCUGAAUCUGCUUGGGUUGCCUGCAGGGGAAUUCAACCUUGGGAAUACCGGCGCUGGUCCCUCUAGACAGGCCGGCGGGCUGCUGGUGGAGGUGGUGGGGUUCUCAGACGGGGCCCAUGUGGGGGCGGAGCUGGGGCCUGUGGGGGUGAAGGAGGGGGGCAGCCUCAUGGGGCGCUUUGACUCCCUCGUGCGGACCGUGGUGAUUCCACGCGUGCGCACCAAGAACACUGCUGCGGGUGCUGGCUCGCCAGGAUCCACGUCAGCGUCCACGUCAGCGUCCACGUCAGCAGCAGCACAGUCCAGCCAAUCAGGGUUGUCGGUUGCAGCGUCACCAUCACCAGCAGUGCCAGCCGUAUCAUCGCCAACCCCCUCUGCUCUCCAGUCGCCAAGCGGCAAGGUGAGUGUGGCGGACAGAAUGAAGUGGUACAUGGAGAGGGUGAAAUCACCCAAGCAGCAGGGCCUCUAUGGGGGCCUGGGGGACGAGAAUGUGCCUGUAAAGAGGUCUGAGUCCUGGGCUGGGGCUCGUGAUAAUGGUGCCACAAACAUGAAUUCGGGUGCUGGUGCUGGUGGUGCUGGUGGUGGUGCUUCUGCUGGCCAAGGAAGCAGAGAUGGUUCAGGUGCAGCUGAAGACGAUGACAGGGAUCUGUUUUGUGCGGCUCACUGA